AUGUUUCAGGUAACACCCAGCGAGGUGGCAGCAAGUGAUGUGGAAUUUAAAGGGCUAAGUGACGUAGUUAUUCAAUGUCUUCCAGACAACCUCCUUGUGCCAUUGCUGGAAAGGCUCCAGUUAGGUCAGAAUAGCCAACGGCCUAGGGAAUGGCUUGAUCUUGCGGAUCCUUCCUUAAGAACUGUGGUCGCAAAAGAAGCAUUGCAAUGGAGGAAGAACAAGCAGGAAACUAUAUCCAUGAGGGAGAAAGGUAAAUCCAGCCUGCAGGCCUUACUAUCCAGCACAUUGUCGACUGUAGUCAAACUGAGGCUGCUGAAGAGAGAGUGGACUCACAUUCUGAGAGAGAUUGUCAGAGAUACACUUGUAGACUACACGCAUCUUGAUUCAUACAUGAAGCAGUGCAUAUCUGAGCUACAAAUAUAA